AUUUUCCUUUAAUCCCUUUUCCAUUUCAAGUCUACAUAUAUAUACCCCUUUUUCCAGACGGCUUGUUCUCGUGCAGCUCUGUAGCACCAGCAAUGCGCCUCCCCCAAUUCAAACCAAACAUCGCCGGCGCUGGCGCCGGAGCCGCCACGCCGCUGGACGCCCGCAUGGUGAAGACGGGGUUCGACCCGGCCACCUACCGCCUCAACCUCCUCCUCCACUCGCUCAUCUCCUCCGGCCGCCUCGCGCAGGCGCGCGCCCUGUUCGACCAAAUGCCUCACAGGAACAACGCCUUCUCCCUCAACCGCAUGCUCUCCGGCUACUCCAGGUCCGGCCAGCUCUCCGCCGCCCACCACCUCUUCCUCUCCUCCCCGCCCCACCUCCGCGACGCCGUCACCUGGACCGUCAUGAUCGGCGCCUUCGCCUCCGCCCCUGGUGCCCGCGCCUCCGACGCCGUCUCGCUCUUCCGCGACAUGCUCAGGGAGGGCGUCGCCCCGGACCGUGUCACCGUGGCCACCGUCCUCAACCUGCCUCCUGCGUCCGGGGGCACCGCCGCCGCCAUUAUCAUCGCGUCGCUCCAUCCUUUCGCUCUCAAGCUCGGCCUCCUCCACUCCAACGUCGUCGUCUGCAACACGCUGCUCGACGCCUACUGCAAGCAUGGCCUCCUCGCUGCUGCACGCAGGGUGUUCCAGGAAAUGCCGCACAGGGACUCCGUCACCUACAACGCCAUGAUGAUGGGUUGCUCCAAGGAAGGGUCGCAUGCCGAAGCGCUGGACCUGUUCGCCGCUAUGCGCCGCAAGGGCCUUGCCGCCACCCGGUUCACCUUCUCGACCGUGCUCACCGUGGCCACGGGCGUGGGUGAUCUCUGCCUUGGGCGCCAGGUCCAUGGUCUCGUGGCCAGAGCCACCAGCUCAAACGUGUUUGUCAACAACUCGUUGCUGGAUUUCUACUCCAAAUGUGACUGCCUCGAUGAGAUGAAGAAGCUGUUUCACGAGAUGAUAGAGCGUGACAAUGUCUCGUAUAAUGUCAUGAUCGCAGGCUAUGCUUGGAACCGGUGUGCCAGCAUUGUGCUGCGGCUGUUCAGGGAGAUGCAGUCGCUCAGCUUUGACAGGCAGGCCUUACCUUAUGCUAGCUUGCUAAGUGUUGCUGGCUCUGUGCCUCACAUUGGGAUUGGGAAGCAAAUACAUGCUCAGCUGGUCCUUCUUGGCCUUUCUUCAGAGGAUCUUGUGGGCAAUGCACUGAUUGACAUGUACUCGAAAUGUGGCAUGCUGGAUGCUGCAAAGACUAAUUUCAUCAACAAAAAUGACAAGACUGGCGUUUCAUGGACUGCGAUGAUAACAGGGUGUGUCCAGAAUGGGCAGCAGGAAGAAGCACUGCAGUUAUUCUGUGGCAUGAGAAGAGCUGGUCUGAGCCCAGACAGGGCGACAUUUUCAAGCACCAUUAAGGCUUCCUCGAACCUGGCGAUGAUUGGGUUGGGAAGGCAAUUGCAUUCUUACCUCAUAAGGUCAGGCCACAUGUCCAGCGUAUUCUCAGGAAGUGCCCUUCUUGACAUGUACACAAAGUGCGGCUGUUUGGAUGAGGCACUCCAAACAUUUGAUGAGAUGCCUGAGAGAAAUUCCAUCUCGUGGAAUGCUGUUAUUUCAGCCUACGCACACUAUGGGCAGGCAAAAAAUGCCAUCAAAAUGUUUGAAGGUAUGCUUUGUUAUGGGUUUAAACCAGAUUCAGUCACCUUCUUGAGUGUACUGUCAGCCUGCAGUCACAACGGUCUUGCAGAAGAAUGUAUGAAAUACUUUGAAUUGAUGGAAUACGAGUAUGGCAUAUCCCCCUGGAAGGAACACUAUUCUUGUGUUAUAGAUACAUUAGGUCGGGUGGGACGUUUUGAUAAAGUUCAGGAAAUGUUGGGCGAGAUGCCAUUUGAAGAUGAUCCAAUCAUUUGGAGCUCCAUUCUUCACUCGUGCAGGACCCAUGGAAACCAGGAUUUAGCUAGAGUGGCAGCUGAAAAAUUGUUCAGUAUGGGGUCCACGGAUGCUACACCAUAUGUUAUACUGUCCAACAUAUUUGCGAAAGCAGGUAAAUGGGAAGAUGCUGCAGGUGUGAAAAAGAUCAUGAGAGAUCGAGGACUUAGGAAAGAGACAGGUUACAGUUGGGUUGAAGUCAAACAUAAAGUAUACAGCUUUUCUUCGAACGACCAAACCAACCCAAUGAUAACUGAGAUUAAAGACGAGCUAGAGAGGUUGUACAAAGAGAUGGAUAAACAAGGAUAUAAGCCCGACACUAGCUGUACCUUGCAGCAAGUGGAUGAUGACAUAAAGUUGGAGUCACUGAAAUACCACAGUGAGAGACUGGCCAUUGCAUUUGCUCUGAUUAACACCCCACCUGGAACGCCAAUUAGAGUUAUGAAGAAUCUAUCUGCCUGCGUGGACUGCCAUUCUGCCAUAAAGAUGAUGUCGAAGAUUGUGAACAGAGACAUCAUCGUAAGAGAUUCAAGCAGGUUCCACCAUUUCAAGGAUGGAUUUUGUUCUUGUGGAGACUAUUGGUAGUAGGCUUCCUUGCGCAGUGAAGGAUGCACACUGAACAUGCCGACAGACCACUAAAAUUUUUCAGGCUACAUCUAUGAGAGUUGAAGACAUCGAUCCUGUGAUGCUUAUUACAGAAACUUGAAAUAUGGUCACUGUGGCAUGUGGUUCAGAUGUGAUUAGCCUAUUUGAGGAGAAUGGUGCAAAUAAUGCUGUUCAGAUGAUUUCACCUUAAUUCACCAUGGAGGUAUAGCAGGUAAAGUCAUUUACGGGUACUAACUGUUAAGUAUAUUUUAGGGAUUCUAUUUUCUGUGUAUCAAAGAAGCGAUAUUUUCCAGGCAUCAGUCAACAGUAGGCAUUGUUGGUCCAGUAAAGCCGUUGCGCUUCAACAUAAGACUGUUAUUGGUGAACUUCCGAGGGUCCAGCAGCAUCCUGUGAAUAUUGUCUAUGAGUUAUGUUAGUUUGUCCAUUACCUGAAACAGGUGGAAAAUGACUGGUUCUUUCGACAUGUUACAUUUGGUAGGAUGAAGCUGUG